AACAACCUGCAGCUUAGCUGUCUUCCAUGCACCUGCUGGUGCACACAAGUACAGAUGAUCUAGCCAUCUAGAAAGAGCGUGGGCUGACCGCUCCUCCGCCUUUCGCCCCCGUCCGCAUCCAGCUCCCUCGCCUGAACGGCAGCCAAGGGAGACGCGGGGAGAGAUCGAGACGAUGGGCAGCGUCGGCGGCGGUGGCUCGCCGGAGCAGGACCAGCCCGUGUGCGUGACGGGCGCCACCGGCUACGUCGGCUCCUGGCUCGUCCGCACCCUGCUGCGGCGGGGCCGCCGCGUCCACGCCACGGCCAGGGACCCAGCCAAGGCGUGGCGGAUGCUGUCGGCGAUGGAGGGGAAGGAGCGGCUCACGGUGUUCCGGGCGGACAUGGCCGAGGAAGGGAGCUUCGACGACGCCCUCGCCGGCUGCGCCGCGGUCUUCCACGUCGCCGCCUCCAUGGACCUCCACCUAUCGCCCGACCAGCACGACGCCGAGGAGCGCGUGAGGUCGCAGGUGCUGGAGCCGGCGACGAGGGGCACCAUCAACGUGCUGCGGUCAUGCGUCCGCGCCGGGACCGUCCGCCGGGUCGUCUUCACCUCCUCCGUCAGCACGCUGGCGGCGGCCGGCGCGGAGGUGGCGGUCGUGGACGAGUCGUGCCUCCGGGACCUCGGCGACGUCUGGGCCACCAAGCCCAUCGGCUGGGUCUACAUCCUGUCGAAGCGGCUGGCGGAGGAGGCCGCGUUCGGGUUCGCGCGGGAGAACGGCCUCCGCCUCGUGUCCGUCGUCCUCCCCACGGUCGCUGGCCCGUUCCUGACGCCGGCCGUGCCCACCAGCGUGCAGCUCCUGCUGUCCCCCAUAACACGUGACCCGAAGCUGAGCGCGCUGCUGGCGUCGGUGCACGCGCGGUUCGGGUGCGUGCCGCUGGCGCACGUCCAGGACGCGUGCGACGCGCACCUCUUCCUCGCGGACGCGCCGGCCGCCGAGGGGCGCUACCUGUGCGUCGGCGGCAGCCACGCCAUGGCCGACAUCACCCGGCUCCUCGCCUCGCACUACCCUCUGUUCAACCCCGAGAACAGGUUGGGUGAUGAUCUCGAUGGUGCGAGCCCGGCGUCCGUGGUGUCGUCCAAGCGGCUGCUGGAUCUGGGGUUCAGGUUCGGGCACGACGCCGGAGACAUCCUCAGGGAUGCAGUCGCGCAGUGCGUCGACCACGGCUUCCUGGAGCCGCCUGCUGGAUGUGACUAGUAGUAGAAAUAACUAGCUAGUGGCGUUUUAGCGCGAGUUAAUUUUCUUGGAUGGGUGUUUACACGGACGGCUCCGUUAAUUUUCUAUUCCUUCAUGAAACCGUACCGUAGUACACUCCCGCCUGAAUAUAUUUCAAACGAAAAAGCUAAAAUCCUGCCGACUGGCAGGUUGCAACAGAUCCGCACGACCCGAGCUUCGUCAGAUCCUGAUCGCACGGCUGUGUUUGUUCCCGCGAGCGACGUUCUCUUUCCCGCGGGGAAGAAAAAAUAAAUGUCAAUUGCGUUGCCAGGGAUUCGAACUCUGGCAUCUCACUGUAGAGAUAGGAGCAUCUUGCUGACCAACUGAGCUACUAUUGC